AUGGGUCUCUCAAGUGCAAUGCAAUGGUGGGAGGAGUGGCAGCUGCGCAUCCUCGUCCUGGCCAGUUGUUUCAUUCAGUACGUCCUCUUCUUCUCUAUAUGGAUGCGUAGAGCUCCAAUCCUACGCAGGUUGAGAGUACUGGUGUGGGUCGCGUAUAUAGCCGGAGAUGCCGUGGCCAUCUACGCCCUCGCCACCCUCUUCAACCGUCGCAAUCAGACUUCGGAUGGGGAGAGCAGCGCCCUGGAGGUCCUGUGGGCACCUAUCCUCCUCAUCCACCUCGGCGGCCAGACAUUCAUAAGUGCCUACAGCCUGGAAGACAACGAGCUAUGGAAACGGCAUACCAUAACCCUGGUGUCGCAGGUCACGGUUGCCUUGUACGUCUUCUGCAAGUGGGGGUCCGGUGAAAGGAUGCUGCUGGCUGCAGCGAUCUUGCUCUUUGUUGUUGGCAUUCUCAAAUUCGCCCGGAAGCCAUGGGCCCUCAGGACCGCCAGCUUUAACAGCUUGCAGGCCUCCAGCUCUGUAUCCCUGCCAGAAGCACAAAGCUCUGCGCCCAUAUAUUCGCUUGAAGAAUACUAG